CGGAGAGACGGGUGGCUCGAGGAGACGCCGGCGCAGGAGACAGCGCUGCGCCGCCGGAAGCUAAGGGGUCCUGCAUUCUAAAGGAAAAAUAAGCUUGAUUGCAGUUCUACACUCUAAAAUCAAUUCUGAUACUAUAUAACACCUUUGGACCUCGUACACUGACCUCCUCGGUCCCUAGCCCUUACUGAUUAGGUUGGUGUGGAAAAACUGGGGCUUUGAUCAAGCAAAUGCUAAAAAGGUGGACACACAGCACCGAGCUGAUCUCCCUGUGCUAUGCGGCUGCUUCCCACUAGCUAUCUGUUUUACAUUUGCCACAUAAGGAAGAUCCUUAACAGUUAUUUCUCAACAAUUAUAUAGUCAACUGAUGUAACAAUGGUACUAAUAUUGGGACGAAGACUAAACAGAGAGGAUCUCGGAGUGCGUGAUUCACCAGCAACAAAGCGUAAAGUUUUUGAAAUGGACCCUAAAUCUCUGACAGGCCGUGAGUUUUUUGACUUCUCUUCAGGAUCAUCCCAUGCUGAAAACAUACUCCAGAUAUUUAAUGAAUUCCGAGAUAGUCGUUUGUUCACAGAUGUUAUCAUUUGUGUGGAAGGAAAAGAAUUUCCUUGCCAUAGAGCUGUUCUCUCAGCCUGUAGUAGCUACUUCAGAGCUAUGUUUUGUAAUGACCACCGGGAAAGCCGAGAAAUGUUGGUUGAGAUCAAUGGUAUUUUAGCUGAAGCUAUGGAAUGUUUUUUGCAGUAUGUUUAUACUGGAAAAGUGAAGAUCACUACAGAGAAUGUACAGUAUCUCUUUGAAACAUCAAGCCUUUUUCAGAUUAGUGUUCUCCGUGAUGCAUGUGCCAAAUUCUUGGAGGAGCAACUUGAUCCUUGCAAUUGCUUAGGAAUCCAGCGCUUUGCUGAUACCCAUUCCCUCAAAACACUCUUCACAAAAUGCAAGAAUUUUGCAUUACAGACUUUUGAGGAUGUGUCCCAGCAUGAAGAAUUUCUUGAGCUUGACAAAGAUGAACUUAUUGAUUAUAUUUGUAGUGAUGAACUCGUUAUUGGCAAAGAGGAGAUGGUUUUUGAAGCCGUCAUGCGUUGGGUCUAUCGUGCUGUUGAUCUGAGAAGACCACUGUUACAUGAGCUCCUGACACAUGUGAGACUCCCUCUGUUGCAUCCCAACUACUUUGUUCAGACAGUUGAGGUGGACCAACUGAUCCAGAAUUCUCCUGAGUGUUAUCAGCUGUUGCAUGAAGCAAGACGGUACCACAUACUUGGGAAUGAAAUGAUGUCCCCAAGGACAAGGCCACGCAGGUCAACUGGCUAUUCUGAGGUGAUAGUUGUCGUUGGAGGCUGUGAACGAGUUGGGGGAUUUAAUCUUCCAUACACUGAGUGCUAUGAUCCUGUGACAGGAGAGUGGAAGUCUUUGGCUAAGCUUCCAGAAUUUACCAAAUCAGAGUAUGCGGUCUGUGCUCUAAGGAAUGACAUUCUUGUUUCAGGUGGAAGAAUCAAUGGCCGUGAUGUCUGGAUUUAUAACUCACAGUUAAAUAUUUGGAUCAGAGUUGCUUCUCUAAAUAAAGGCAGAUGGCGUCACAAAAUGGCUGUCCUCCUUGGUAAAGUAUAUGUUGUUGGAGGCUAUGAUGGGCAAAACAGACUUAGCAGCGUAGAAUGUUAUGAUUCCUUUUCAAAUCGAUGGACUGAAGUUGCCCCCCUUAAGGAAGCAGUGAGUUCUCCUGCCGUGACUAGCUGUAUAGGCAAAUUGUUUGUGAUUGGUGGAGGACCUGAUGAUAAUACUUGUUCUGAUAAGGUUCAAUCUUAUGAUCCAGAAACCAAUUCUUGGCUACUUCGUGCAGCUAUCCCAAUUGCCAAGAGGUGUAUAACAGCCGUAUCCUUAAACAACCUGAUAUAUGUUGCUGGUGGACUGACCAAGGCAAUAUACUGUUAUGAUCCAGUUGAAGAUUACUGGAUGCAUGUACAGAAUACAUUCAGCCGACAGGAAAACUGUGGUAUGUCUGUAUGUAAUGGUAAAAUAUAUAUCCUGGGUGGAAGACGGGAAAAUGGAGAAGCCACAGACACUAUUCUCUGUUACGAUCCUGCAACAAGUAUCAUCACAGGGGUAGCUGCAAUGCCCAGGCCAGUGUCCUAUCAUGGAUGUGUGACUAUUCAUAGAUACAAUGAGAAAUGCUUUAAGCUCUAAAACCAGGAUACCUCACCCAAGAAGCCACAGCAAUCCAAGAUGAGAGGUUUUAAAAACUCCAGAGUGGGAACUUGACAUAUCUCCUUUUUGCAAUAUGCACAGAAAAGUAAAAAUAAUAAUUGUCGUGCCUUUCUCCCCAAAAUUUCAAUCUUUCAAACUGUAAUAAAGCCUUUUCUGUAAUUGGGAAAAAAAAAUUGUUGUUGUUGAAGGUAAUAGUGGUCUUUGCUUGGGCUUUGAGAGUGUACCUUUGUGAGUAUUUGUAAGAAACCUAUGUGGAGUAGGAAAUAAUGUCUGCCUGCAUACCUUUUAGGAAUUUGUGAAUGGUCUCUUCAUUUAUGUAUGUUUAUCUGCAAGACUGUAUAUUCCUUAUUUU